GUAUGCCAGUAUGUGCAGCUACAGAACCGGUGCAAUCGAAGAGCUCCUGGCGCAGGUCAAAGCAAACUGCAGCGGUUUGCUGGUUCUUCUGCGCUCUUUGUGCAGACGGCUCGGCCCCAGGACCAAGUUCUGCUUUUGGACGCCUACCCUGCUGUUCAUGAAGACCUUCUUCGCAAUAUCGAGCUACUGCAAGGCCCCCUUGAAAGGAAGGACGUCCAGAUGCUUUGCGCUGACUCGUAUCGCUGGCUGCUGCAGCAGGAAGUUUCUCUCUUCGGCAACAAAGGGGUGGUCUUCCUCGACCCGCCGUAUGACUCUGUGAAUUCUUUUCACAUCUGGAACCUUUUCAUGAUUCAGUUUCUGCGCACGAGAUGGCCUAGCCUCACCGUUGCCCUUUGGUACCCGUUCAUCGAUGAAGUCCAGACUGCAAAUCUGCACAAGCGCCUCGCAGAUCUAGGGGUUGGCGAUGUUCUAGUUGCUGAGAUGGAGGUUGAAAGACCUUUCCAAGAGCAGGCAUUCCGGUCCGGUGUGGCCCUCAUGGGCGCACCAGUGGACUUAAAGUCUAAGCUCGUGGGCGAGCUGUCCUCCCUUGGGGAGCUUUUUGGCAACG